UUAGCUUAUGUACAAUUUUAUAUAUUGAAGUUUUCGGUCUGGUUAUGAUGUCGGAAAUGUGAAAAUUUUAAUUUAUAUUAGCAUUGGUGUUGUAAAUUUUACAGAUGUCUGUGCGCAAGCCAUUAAACUAUUCGCAGCAUAUGAAAACGUGAAAACUUAUAACAUAUUUAUGUGAAAAGCAGGCAUGUCUGUAAUCAAUUAUAAAGAAGACAGUAUCAAGGCAAAUAUUUUAAUGGAAGAGGGUGACAGCAGUUUAGAGCCGGGUGAAGUGAAGACACCUCCACAUGGUAAUGAAACAACAAAACCCAAAGGAGCUGAAGAAGCGGUAAAAGUAAAAUGCACUGCAUCCCACUUUUUACCCCGUGCUAAAUCUGCCUCUAAACAAGAGACUGACAGAUGCGCGGAGAAAGUUCGUGCUAUACUGGAAUUAGAUGCGAUCAAACGGAAGGAAGAAUUGGAACGUAAAAAAGAGCAGAAGUCUGAUUCCUCGUUACAAAAGGUUACAACUAAAAAAAAGGAGCACAAGAAGUUGAAAAUUCCCAAAGCAGAUGCAAAAAACGCCGACCUUGAAGAUUAUAAAUCGGAAAAGGUUAAAAAGGCUGUCACUAAAAAACCUAAACGCAAGCGAAGCAAGCACGAAGAACUUGAAAGCUAUCCAAAGCACCACGCUGCCGAGUCAUGUGAAAGUAUGCGACCCAUUGGCAGUGCUACGUCAUUACCAAUAAUACCAUCGACGAGUUUUGUAACGCCCGUUUCUAAUUUUUCUCGCCGAUUUUCAGACUUAAAUAAUCCUGCACCUUUUCGUUCAUAUAAUCCAUUUAUGAGGAAUUAUCGCACAGAUUUUCGCCAUAGAGGCGGUCAUUUUGCUACACACAAUCGGACACGGUUUUCUAGAUACCGUUCUCAGUAUGUUUCCGGGUCGUUUCAUGCACCAGCUGAGGAACCAUCUCACUCACAGCCUCCAAAUAGCGGUAUACCAUAUUCCGAGUUGAUGUGGACCAAAACAAAACCAUCUAUAUCUUAUGCUUUCAAUUUACUCGAUCGUGUUCCAACAAAAAAGAAAAGGAACAGCUCGGAUCAGAAUGUGCAGAAAAAGAAGAAAACUAAAAAGUCUAAGGAGCGGGAAAGUAGCAAUAAAUCACUUUCAAGUACCAAAAGUAGUCGUAAGUCGAGCAAAAGAAAGAAAAUCAGAAAAAUACGCGAAACAUUGCCGCUACACCCCACAAAGAAGCAAUUGCUUUCACCAAAUAAGGAAUUACUCACAUCAACUGCUGAUGACGAGGGAAAUACGCCCCAGAAUGAAAACAACCAACCAGAAAGCCCAAUAUGUACCAUAAAAAAAGAAGAAAGUCCAGAACCAUUCACCAAUAACGUAACUGCGCUUGAUAUUUUAAAAACCAUAAAACAGGAACCAAUAAAAGAAGAUUCGAAGUUGGUAGACAAAGCCGACGAUUUGGGCAAGCCUGAGGUAUUGGAUAUGUUUGCGAGUUUAACACCUCCUAAACAGAGAUCGCCAUCUGUUGAUAGCAAGGGUGCAUUAAGCAAUCCAACUAACGUACAAAUAACUCACAAGUUUCAAGAGAUUCAAGACCGAAUUGAUAAACUGCUUGAAGAUGAUGAUGAGCUUAAACUUGAAGCCAUACAAGCAACUAAAGAUAAGUUAUUACAAAAAUCUCGUGAACAUACAGAAAAUGUCCAUAUGGCCAAGUCUUCAAAGAAAAUUAAAAAUUCAACCACGAAAGAUAAGAAAAAUGUUCAGAAUAUUUUGGAAUCACGAGAUACAGCGCCAGAUAGGAUUGUAAAACAACGCUCAAAAGAUAGGGACACAUCUCCCUCUAAACCAUUCGAUGACGCUAAACGAAAAGAAAAAACACCAAUAGAUAUCUUCAGUGAUAACAAAAAAGAUGAACGUAAGCAUAAAAAGGAUGAAAGAGAGUCGUCAACACCUAUGAAAACUGCACAUUCCAAAAUUUUGCACAAGUAUAGUCCCAGUUUAAAACAUCAAAAGAAAGGAAACACUUUAAAUGCUAAGAAAUGUUCUAGCAAGUACAAAGAAUUUACUUCGAAAAAAUCGUCAUUAGAAGAUUCUCCCAGUAAUCUUACCAAAUCUGCUUUGCGUACUUUGGAUGGC